AUGGGUUUUGAUGAUGAGCUUGGAAUGCAGAUCGCCUACGAAGAGGCCAUGAAGGGGUAUGAAGAAGGUGGGAUCCCUAUUGGAUCAUGUCUUGUUGAUGAAAACAACAAAGUUUUGGGCAGAGGUCAUAAUUUAAGAAUUCAAAAAGGGUCAGCGGUGUUCCAUGGGGAAACUUCAGCCCUUGAAAACGCCGGUAGAUUGCCUGGGUCUGUCUACAAGAAAUGUACUUUGUACAGUACCCUUAGUCCAUGUCAUAUGUGCACCGGGGCCGCUUUGCUCUAUGGGGUUGGUAGAGUGGUAUUUGGUGAAAACGACAAUUUCUUGGGUGCCGAAGACUUAUUGAAAGAAAAAGGUGUCGAGUUGAUCAAUGUUCAAGAUCAAAGAUGUAAAGAUAUCAUGGCCAAAUUCAUAAAAGAAAGACCAACUGAUUGGUACGAAGAUAUCGGUGUGUGA